GCUCGACUUUGCAACGUUCGCCUGCCCCUGUGAUUUCAGAGCUGGAGCUGAACACCAAGUGCGUGGUGGAGAUGGAAGGGAACCAGACGGUUCUGCACCCUCCUCCCUCCAAUAGCAAGCAGGGAGAAAGGAAACCCCCCAAGGUAUUUGCAUUUGAUUAUUGCUUUUGGUCCAUGGAUGAAUCUAACACUACAAAAUAUGCUGGUCAAGAAGUGGUUUUCAAGUGCCUUGGGGAAGGAAUUCUUGAAAAAGCCUUUCAGGGGUAUAAUGCUUGUAUUUUUGCAUAUGGACAGACAGGUUCAGGAAAGUCCUUCUCUAUGAUGGGCCAUGCGGAGCAGCUGGGCCUUAUUCCCAGGCUCUGCUGUGCUUUAUUUAAGAGGAUCUCUGUGGAGCAAAAUGAGUCACAGACUUUUAAAGUUGAAGUAUCCUAUAUGGAAAUUUAUAACGAGAAAGUUCGUGAUCUUUUAGACCCCAAAGGGAGUAGACAGUCUCUUAAAGUUCGAGAGCAUAAAGUAUUGGGACCAUAUGUAGAUGGUUUAUCUCAGCUGGCGGUCACUAGUUUUGAGGAUAUUGAGUCAUUGAUGUCUGAGGGAAAUAAAUCUCGAACAGUAGCUGCAACCAACAUGAAUGAAGAAAGCAGCCGCUCACAUGCUGUGUUCAACAUCAUCAUCACACAGACACUGUAUGACCUGCAGUCUGGGAACUCGGGAGAGAAGGUCAGUAAGGUCAGCUUGGUAGACCUGGCGGGGAGUGAAAGAGUGUCUAAAACCGGAGCUGCGGGUGAGCGACUGAAAGAAGGCAGCAACAUUAACAAAUCACUUACAACCUUGGGGCUGGUUAUAUCCUCACUGGCUGACCAGGCAGCUGGCAAGGGUAAAAACAAAUUUGUGCCUUAUCGAGAUUCAGUCCUCACUUGGCUCCUUAAGGACAAUCUGGGGGGCAACAGCCAGACCUCUAUGAUAGCCACUAUUAGCCCUGCUGCAGACAACUAUGAAGAGACCCUCUCCACAUUAAGAUAUGCAGAUCGAGCCAAGAGGAUUGUGAACCAUGCUGUUGUGAAUGAAGAUCCCAAUGCCAAAGUCAUCCGAGAACUGCGGGAGGAAGUAGAGAAGCUGAAGGAGCAGCUCUCACAGGCUGAGGCCAUGAAAGCCCCUGAACUGAAGGAGAAGCUCGAAGAGUCUGAAAAGCUGAUAAAAGAACUAACAGUGACAUGGGAAGAGAAGCUGAGGAAAACAGAAGAGAUCGCCCAGGAGAGACAACGGCAACUGGAGAGCAUGGGGAUUUCCCUGGAGACAUCUGGCAUCAAGGUGGGGGAUGACAAGUGUUACUUAGUCAACCUGAAUGCAGACCCUGCUCUCAAUGAACUUCUGGUUUAUUAUUUGAAGGACCACACCAGGGUGGGUGCAGACACCUCCCAGGAUAUCCAGCUUUUCGGAAUAGGGAUUCAGCCUGAGCACUGUGAGAUCGACAUUGCAGGUGAUGGAGAUGUCACUCUCACACCUAAAGAAAGUGCAAGGUCCUGUGUGAAUGGCACUCUGGUGUGCAGUUCCACCCAGCUGUGGCAUGGCGAUCGAAUCCUAUGGGGAAAUAACCACUUUUUUAGAAUUAAUUUACCUAAGAGGAAACGGCGAGAUUGGCUGAAAGACUUUGAAAAAGAAACAAGUCCAGCAGAGCAUGACCUGGAUGCAGCCAGCGAGGCAUCCUCAGAACCAGACUAUAACUAUGAAUUUGCACAGAUGGAAGUCAUCAUGAAGACCCUGAAUAGUAAUGACCCAGUUCAAAAUGUGGUUCAGGUCCUGGAGAAGCAGUACCUGGAAGAAAAGAGAAGUGCCCUGGAGGAGCAGCGGCUCAUGUACGAGCGGGAGCUGGAGCAGCUCCGCCAGCAGCUCUCACCCGAGAGGCAGCCGCCAAGCAGCGGCCCGGACCGCCUGGCCUACAGCAGCCAGACAGCACAGCAGAAGGUGACCCAGUGGGCCGAGGAGAGGGAUGAACUCUUCCGGCAAAGCCUGGCGAAACUACGGGAGCAGCUAGUUAAAGCGAAUACCCUGGUGCGGGAGGCAAACUUCUUAGCUGAGGAAAUGAGCAAACUCACCGAUUACCAAGUGACUCUUCAGAUCCCUGCUGCCAACCUCAGUGCCAAUAGAAAGAGAGGCCUAAUAGUGAGCGAGCCAGCUAUUCAAGUGAGAAGAAAAGGAAAGAGCACCCAAGUUUGGACCAUUGAGAAGCUGGAGAAUAAAUUAAUUGAUAUGAGAGACCUUUAUCAAGAAUGGAAGGAAAAGAUCCCUGAGGCAAAGAGACUGCAUGGGAAACGCGGUGACCCUUUCUAUGAAGCGCAGGAGAAUCACAACCUGAUCGGUGUGGCCAAUGUGUUCUUGGAGUGCCUCUUCUGCGACGUGAAGCUGCAGUAUGCAGUCCCUAUCAUCAGCCAGCAGGGGGAGGUUGCGGGCCGUCUCCACGUGGAGGUGAUGCGCGUGACCGGAGCCGUCCCGGAGCGUGUGGUGGAGGACGACUCCUCUGAGAACUCCAGUGAAAGCGGGAGUCUGGAAGUCAUGGACAGCAGUGGAGAGAUCAUUCAUCGAGUCAAAAAGCUGACCUGCCGGGUAAAAAUCAAAGAAGCAACUGGGCUGCCCUUAAGCCUGUCAAACUUUGUCUUCUGUCAGUACACGUUCUGGGACCAGUGUGAGUCCACUGUGGCUGCCCCCGUGGUGGACCCGGAUGUGCUGUCCCCACAGACCAAGGAUGCCCAGUACACGGUGACCUUCGCUCACUGUAAGGACUAUGUGGUGAACGUCACUGAAGAGUUCCUGGAGUUCAUUUCAGAUGGUGCUCUGGCAAUUGAAGUGUGGGGCCACCGGUGUGCCGGGAACGGCAGCUCCAUCUGGGAGGUCGAUUCUCUUCAUGCCAAGACGAGAACACUGCAUGACAGGUGGAAUGAAGUAACUCGAAGAAUAGAAAUGUGGAUCUCCAUAUUAGAAUUGAAUGAGUUAGGGGAAUACGCUGCAGUCGAACUCCAUCAGGCAAAAGAUGUCAACACGGGAGGCAUCUUUCAGCUUAGACAGGGCCAUUCCCGUAGAGUGCAAGUCACAGUAAAACCCGUACAGCAUUCGGGGACACUGCCACUCAUGAUUGAAGCCAUCUUGUCGGUAUCUAUUGGCUGUGUAACUGCCAGGUCCACCAAACUCCAAAGAGGGCUGGACAGUUACCAGGAAGAAGACUUAAACUGUGUAAGAGAGAGGUGGUCAGAUGCACUCAUCAAACGACGAGAAUACUUAGAUGAGCAGAUUAAAAAAGUGAGCAAUAAAAAAGAGAAAACAGAGGAUGAUGUGGAGCGGGAGGCCCGGCUUGUGGAGCAGUGGGUGGGACUAACUGAGGAAAGGAAUGCGGUGCUGGUGCCAGCCCCAGGCAGUGGGAUCCCCGGGGCACCUGCUGAUUGGGUUCCACCUUCCGGAAUGGAAACCCACAUACCAGUUCUCUUCCUUGACUUGAACGCGGAUGACCUCAGUGCCAGCGAGCAGCUCGUCGGCCCCCAUGCUUCAGGCGUGAACUCCAUCCUGCCAAAGGAGCACGGCAGCCAGUUUUUCUAUCUGCCCAUCAUAAAGCACAGCGAUGAUGAGGUGUCAGCCACGGCCUCAUGGGACUCCUCGGUGCAUGACUCUGUCCACUUGAAUAGGGUCACACCGCAGAACGAAAGGAUUUACCUCAUUGUGAAGACCACUGUUCAGCUCAGCCACCCAGCUGCUAUGGAAUUAGUGCUACGGAAACGGAUUGCGGCCAAUAUCUACAACAAACAGAGUUUUACACAGAGUUUGAAGAGGAGAAUAUCACUGAAAAAUGUAUUUUAUUCCUGUGGUGUAACCUAUGAAAUAGUAUCCAAUAUACCAAAGGCAACUGAGGAGAUCGAGGACCGGGAGACACUGGCCCUGCUGGCUGCACGCAGUGAGAACGAAGGCACCGCGGACGGGGAGACGUACAUUGAGAAGUACACACGGGGUGUGCUGCAGGUGGAGAACAUCCUGAGCCUGGAGAGGCUGCGGCAGGCCGUCACAGUCAAGGAAGCCCUUUCCACCAAAGCCCGGCACAUUCGGAGGAGCCUCAGCACGCCAAAUGUUCACAAUGUGUCUUCCAGUCGACCAGACCUUUCUGGCUUUGAUGAUGAUGAUAAGAGUUGGCCAGAGAACCAGUUAGACUCGUCUGAUUACAGCUCCAGUUACCAAGAUGUAGCAUGUUAUGGAACUUUGCCCAGGGAUUCACCUCGAAGAAGCAAAGAAGGUUGUUCAUCGGAGACUCCUCAUGCCUUAACAGUCAGCCCUUUUAAAGCAUUCUCUCCUCAGCCACCAAAGUUUUUCAAACCUCUCAUGCCUGUAAAGGAGGAGUAUAAAAGAAGGAUAGCUCUUGAAGCAAGACCACUUCUCAGCCAAGAGAGCAUGCCUCCAUCUCAGGCACAUAACCCUGGCUGUACUGUCCCCUCAGGAAGCAAAGGCAGCAGCCUGCCAGUAGAGCACAAUAGCAAACGUGAGAAGAAGAUUGACUCAGAGGAGGAGGAAAAUGAGCUGGAAGCUAUUAACCGGAAGCUGCUAAAUUCACAGCCUUAUAUACCUGAGGAGUUUGCGGACUUCAGUGUUUACAAUGCCAGCUUGGAGAACAGGGAAUGGUUUUCUUCUAAAGUAGAUCUGACAAACUCACAUGUCAUGGAGAAAGAAGUGUCUCGUAGCCCUACCACCAGCAGUAUUACCAGUGGCUACUUUUCCCACAGUGCCUCCAAUGCCACUCUGUCAGACAUGGUGGUCCCUACUAGUGACAGCUCAGAUCAGCUAGCCACUCAGACAAAGGACACAGACUCCAGCGAACAUUCUGGACCACCACUUGUGCAUGAUUUCAGACCAUCCUCAAACAGAGAGUUGACAGAAGUAGACAGAGGCUUGGGAAAAGAUAAGAUAAUCAUGGUGCCAUUCAAGGAAAACAGUGCCUUAGCCAAAGGGAGCCCAUCAUCCCAGAGUAUCCCUGAGAAGAAUUCCAAAAUGCUCUGUAGGACAGCUUUAUGCUCAGAACUGGAGGCCUGCCCCAGCAAAAAUGGCCAGCCAGCCCGAGAAUUCAGUCCGAGGGAGGUGACCAUAGAGCGUACCACCAACAUCCUUGAGGAUCAUUCCUUCACAGAGUUCAUGGGCGUAUCUGAUGGAAAAGAUUUUGAUGGCUUGACAGAUUCUUCUGCUGGAGAGCCUUCGAGUAGGAGAAACCUACCAAAUAGAACAGACAAUAGGAGUGUUCCAGGCAGACCACAGGACACUGAUGAGCUGCAUUCCAAGUUAAAGAAUGACCAGGGAGGCACAGACUCGAGGUGAAAAGUAGCAGGCACCUGCUCUGCUGGCCCCAACGCGGCAGUUUUGUUCACCUGGUCACCGCGUGGGAGACACUGGCCCCAUCAGCACUGCCACAUGCUGCAGCUCAGCCAGACCGCAGCGGAGCACAGAGAGCCAGACACUUUCUCCUGCCUAGCAGGGGAAGCAGCACUUUGUCACUCGGAUGAAUCACAGCUUCUGCUUCUUUCCAGAAAGCAAGAGAACUGAAAUCUUGGAUUAACUAAGUGACAGUAUUUUCGUUUGCACUUACUACACACCUACAUUGUGUAGAAACCUCUACAGAUUUCAAACAAACUUUAUUCUUGUACAGUUUUAAUCAGUUCUUACUGUAGAAUCUGGAGUUGAUGCUCUAAUUUUUUAUAAAUAAUAUAUAUUAUGUAUAUGAAAUGUGUAUCUUUGGCAUGUCUGUUCAGAGACAGACACAGCUGCACACUAAAAUGCAGAUAAGAUGAUUUAUAGAAAAUCAUAAGGUACUGGACUUUGUUACAAAGGAACUUGGGCGAUCACUUCUAUAUGAGCAGAUGAAAAAUAUUUUAUUGCCCAAGAAUGAGGUCACAAAUCCCCCUUUAUAGAAAGGUUAUAGAAUGCUGUUCUUUAUAACCAAAGAACUUCCUCGAAACUGAACCUCUUUGCUGUCUGCUCUUGUUUUCUGUGAGCACAAAUGUUUAACUGCAGGUUUGAUGCCAGUACUUCCUUGGCUACCAGGCUACUCACUGCCGUUCUCUGUCCUGUGUCCUAAGCGCACUAAGAAAUCUCACAGCUACAGUCUCUGGCCUUCCGCCUGACCCGACGCCUCGUCACAACAUUCUAUUCUAAUGGUGACAAGACUGGGGCUGGCUCAGGCCAGUGUUUCCUAUACCUUGGUUCAGCCCAGCCAGGCAGAUGGCAUGCAGAGAACAGUAUUACUCUAAGCAGACAUGGGGUACCAGGGGUUGGGGUUGGGUGCUGGGGGAUCCUGGGUAUGGGGUGUGGGUUUGUUUUGGGUUGGCAUCUUUCUCUGCAGUGUGGUUUUGCUGUUGUUGUUUUGCUUGAUUCUGAAAAAUGCUGAAGAGAUGGACCGAACCAGGAAGUUCACCAGUUCACAUAGCACCAUAUUUGCAGGAGAUGGUUGAAUGCAGAAUACCCUGCUGUCGUGUCUUCAUUUGUAAAAUUCUCCUACAAGUGGAGAUGUAGAAUCGUGGAAAUUUUUACAAAAGUACUUUUAUGUACCUAUUCUGUAGAUGUCUGUAUAGUUGGUGUGGAUGUAAACUGUAAAUGUGUUGUGAAAGGAAGAGUGAGAGAAUCUGUACAGCCUGCUGUACCUUUUCUUUAAGUUUUGAGCAUCACUAAAUGAAUGAGAUUUUGGAGACUAUUGAAAAGCUGCUGUUUAUGAUUUUUGUGUAUAGUGAGUUGACUGUAGUAUUUUACUGUCUCUUUAAAAAAAGAAAACUGUAAUUUAUAUCCCUUUUCAACAUUAUUGUAUUUAAUUGGUACAGAUUUGUGUGUGUGUUUUAGAAUACAAACUGUCUAAUUCAGAUUUUAAAGCAUCAAUUGUAUGUCUUCAAUAACUGUGCUGUUUUAGAUCCACUUCACCAUAUUUGCAUAUAUGCAUAUCCCUAUAGCAUUAAACAAUGUCAGCUAACAUUUAUUGAGGAUUUACCAGGGACUGUUUCAAACAUUUGGUAUUUGUUAUAAUUUCAUCUGACAACAACAGAUGUCAUCAGUGCUACUGCUGUUAAGUGCUUGACACAUGGGUUACUGAUGGAGUUGUGACAGAGAGGGGAUCCCAGCUGUCUUCACUUUAUCCGGCCUGAUGACGUGGCCCAGAGAGGCGGACCACUUGCAGAGAGGGCUGGUGCAGGGAGUCUCACCACUUCCAGGCUGAGCAGCUCUGGGGUGUACGGGGUUGUAGAGCACAUAGGACAUGGUGUGUUACCCUGUUCCCAACAUGCAAACAAAUCUUUACAGCACCCAGCAGGCCAUUGCUACCUGUGAAAUAGUGGCUAAAGAUAGCUCACUGUGAAAUGUUACCUAAAAACAAUGUUACUACAGAAUCUCUUCAGAAAAAAGUCUCAGGUGUUCAUGGGAGCCUUUCUGAAGUUACCAAGAAUUAGAUCUAGCCUACUCUGGACAGAAGUGUAACUUAAGUAGACUUGGGGAAAGGGGGUAACAUUUAAGCUGAAUUUUAUAGAACAGGGUCAGGGAGAGGAAAGGAGCUGGUUAAUGUUUAAGUAAACA